AUGCAGUGCACCCGCCUCACAGCACAACGCACCGUCUUCUCCAAGCAGGCCACAACUCAACUCCUGCGAGCCCUCAAUGGCUCCUCCACCACCCUGGUGGCCAAACCGGUCCUCCUAAAUCUCCAUAAUCAACACAACGCCACAAUCACCCGCCCUUUCAGCACCACCCGCCCCUGCCACUGGAAAGAAAUUUUCCCCCAACCUGACUCUCCCAGCAUCAAAGAGACCCCCACAGCCUGGACCCACCCCAUCUACACCGCCGAGCAAAUGCGCACCGUCGUCGUCGCGCACCGCAACCCCAAAGACUUCUCUGACCGGGUAGCGCUCACAUUCGUCCGCGUCCUGCGCUGGGGUCUGGAUCUCGCCACGGGGUAUCGUAAGGGAGCAGGCAACAUGACGGCCCGGCAGUACAUGAUCCGGAACGUCUUCUUGGAGUCCGUGGCGGGUGUUCCAGGUAUGGUAGCGGGCAUGCUGCGCCACCUCCACAGUAUGCGCCGAAUGAAGCGGGAUAAUGGAUGGAUCGAGACGUUGUUGGAGGAGAGUUUCAACGAGAGGAUGCAUUUGUUGACCUUUCUGAAAAUGGCGGAGCCGGGGUGGUUUAUGCGGGUUAUGGUUCUUGGAGCACAAGGCGUCUUCUUCAACGCCUUCUUCAUCUCCUACCUCCUCUCCCCUCGAACCUGCCACCGCUUUGUCGGACACCUCGAAGAAGAAGCCGUGCUGACUUACACCCGUGAAAUCGCCGACAUCGACGCCGGCUUGCUCCCCGAAUGGGACAAUCUGCCCGCACCCGAUAUCGCGGUCAAGUACUGGUCCAUGCCGGAAGGGUCGCGGACGAUGCGGGACUUGUUAUUGUAUAUCCGCGCGGACGAGAGCAAGCACAGGGAGGUGAAUCAUACACUCGGCAACCUCGACCAGAAACUUGAUGUCAAUCCUUACAAUUCGGUUUAUAAGGAUGAGGGCAAGGAGCAUCCGGUGAAGGAUUUGAGGUAUCAGAAACCGACGGGGUGGGAGAGAGAGGAGGUGAUUUGAUGGAACGGGUUUCGGAGCAGACGUGGGAGAUUUGAAUGCUUUAUUUGCUAUGCGUUUGAGCGGAAUCUCCGCUCCUCGGUAAGCGGUGUUUGCGGAUGGACACCGUGAUGGACCCCAGACUAGCAGAACCAUCGGUGAGAUGGUUGAUGCGAACUCGGAUUUCAGCAGCAGAUCCUUCGAAGAGUUCAGAACCCCAUCGUGAACGGUUUCUGCCGCGGUGUCGAUUCCUCGUCGUCUUCAUCUUCUCCAUCUUCGUCUUCGUCGACAGACUUUGAACAAAGAGGUGGAAGAGACAGGGAGGUCCUUGCCAAUUUCGAGACUUUGAUGUCAUCAUCGAUCGAGAAGCCAUUGUAGUGACCUGGAAGGUAGAAUGCUGCCAUGCUGGUGUCUGACAGUUCUCGAGUGCGGUAUUGUCAAUGGCAUUGUGGCAUUGACAGUGAGGUACCCG